AUGAAAACACUUAUUAAAGACAAUGUUAUUGUCUUUUCUCAACCAGGUGAUUGCCCAGCAUCUCAUCAAAUUAAUGAAUCUGAUCUCAAUGGUGAUGAAUAUGCAGUAAUAUGGUAUGAAGAUCUUGUUCCACUUCAAAUCCCGAAUGCCGUACCUUUUGACUAUGAUUCACAGAAAGCAUUGCCAGAACUUGACCGACCUGUAAAUCAAGACGAUAUAAAUCAUGUUGUACUACAAAUAGCUGAAAGUGAUUAUUUAGGACGAUUGCCUAAUUUACAUUUGGCAUAUACCGAUAGUUACGGAGUCGGCAGUAACGAACGACCAAACAAAGAUGUUUUAUCAACACUCGUACUAGCUGGAGCAAUUAGUUUCGGAGUCGAUAGUGGACAAACUGGGCAACAUCCAUUAGAUAAUAAUCAGAUACGGAAACAAAAAAAAGCAUUACGAGAUGAACGACCAGAUUUCAUGGAAAAUGCCAAUAUGAAAUCGUAUCCAUCGAAAAAAUACUUGAUAAACAUACAUUUCAAGAGAAAACUCUAUCGUUCAUCACGUCGAAUGUUGCCUGGAUGGAAUGGACUUCUUCGAUGA